AUGAAGAAAGUCAUUAUCCAUACAAACAGUGGUGUAGUAGUGGAGGACAAGAAGGAAAGUAACGCUAAUAAUAACACGACUACCAGUCCUACCAGUGCUGCUGACAGUAAGACUAAAACCCAGGCAUUGACUAGAGAUACGAAACCACAAGUGUUUCCUCAACUCUCAGCGAAAGACAAACACAUCUUAAAUGAAAAUAAUCUGAAAAACAAUACAAAUAUCAAUAAUUCUUGUAAUCAUAAUAUUCAAGUGCUUAACGACAACGGCUCCAGUAGUGCUACCAGUGUUCCACCAAUUAAGAGCUCCAGUAUGCCAUUGACUGGUAUCUUGAAGUCUACUACCGGCGCCGAUGUGAUUAAGUUUCGACCGAAAAAUAAGUGUUUGGUUUUCAAAGAGGGAGAUCCACUGGUGAUCGGCUAUGGUUUGGACAGUCCUGUCGAUGACUACAGCAGUGAUGAAGAGGCAGAUGAGGAGUCAUCGGAUGAUGACUACGAAGACGAGACCAUUUACACGAGUGAUGACAAAGAGUUACGAGAUUUGACUCAUAAGAAUACACUUAAUGAUAACCACGAUAUCUGCUCGAAUCAAACACAUUCUCCCGAUUCAGGCAACUGUGAUAUCACUCCUAUGUCCACAUCCAGUGAUAGCUACUCAUCCGGCGAUGAAAAGGAUGACUCACAGAGGAAUGAUUUCACACAACACUUGAUGACAACACAAGUCAUACAACACUUGCGAACGGAUUCAGAGUCCGACACUUUGAGCACUAAUUCAGAUUCAAGUCUCGAAAUGAAAUCCACUUAUAGACCAGAAUUCAAAUGCAAACCUCAACUCCCGGUAAAGCCUAAUAUGAGCGCAACCAUCACUACGACUACAGCCGCCAAACCUGUACUUCCGAUGACUAUAACUGUGAAAACUGCGGCAAUGGAUGAACAAAAGCAACAGAAUUUGAAUUUGCAUUUAAUUCACGACAAUAAAGACUCGUCUGAUGAGGAAGUGGUGUCUGAAGAGUGUUCACCGAAAUCAUUGGUCGAACAUAUCUAUCAAGAGAUCAGUGAUUCAAAUGAGGAGAUGUCCGGAAUUAGCGGCAAAUUCUCCAACACUUCUGAGGAUAAUAACAAUUAUAGUGAUAAUAACGGCAAAGAGUCACCCGUAGAGAGUAAGUCACAGGAGCACCGGGACCUGAAGUUAGCCGAAUUGGCACAAGAGUUGGAACAGUGCCGGUAUAUGAAACGCCCGGCCCCUCAACCACCGACCACUACUAGACAUAAGUCGUCGGAUACUGACAUUGAAACUGAUACCAAGAAAUUAGUUCUCAAGACCUCGUUAUCUAUUAAUACAUCUGAAAAGGAGUCAAAACAAACGCAUGUCUCUGUGGCAGCACCGGUAGCACCGACUAAACACCGGUUCUCAUCGAUUAGAAAACUGUUGCAUAAGAAAAGCUCAUCAGAAAAGUCUGAUAAGAGUAAAGACCAUUCACACCAUUCGCACGAUUUAGUUCACAGUGGGGUUACUGUGACCGACUCGACUACCGGUGCUGAUAGGAAAGCCUGGAAACAAGACCCUCCGCCUCCUGUGCCCACUACUACUACACCGGCGCCGCAAAAGCCGCUACAGAAAAGUGUUUCGCUGCCCAUCCCGACCACGGAGGCGCCAAAAGCACCGGUAGUCGACACGACUGUCCAAAACAGUUUGAACGAGGCGUACAACCAAUUGGCCAAAUCUAAUCACUCAAAUCUGGUGGCAAUUAAGUCAAAGAUUGAGUCCAAAUGUACGGACGAGACCUACAAAUGGACUGAUUUUGAAGUGACAAACGCCGAGAGAAUGGGUUCAGUACUGGUCUAUAAGGACUCCAUUGUGUCCAACACUAGAAAGUCAGUCAAUCUAAUG